AUGAAUAUCAACAGAGGAGACACAAGCAAGGCUUGUGCAUCUUGCAAAUUCCAAAGAAGAAAGUGUUCAAAAGAUUGUCUUCUAGCUCCUUAUUUUCCUGCUGAUAAACCACAAGUGUUCGGCAACGCUCAUCGUUUGUUCGGUGUUUCCAACAUAUCGAAGAUAUUAAAGCAAGUUAAGGAAGAAUAUAGAGAUGAUGCAAUGAAAUCAAUUAUUAUUGAGUCGGAUAUGCGUGCUCAAUUCCCUGUUGGUGGAUGUCUUGAUGUUAUUAUGAUGUAUUAUGGUAUGAUCAAGAACUCUGAGCUAGAACUAAAUUCUGUUAAAUUCUUACUAGAUCAUUGUAAGCAAAAUCUUGAACCCUACUUAUCAAUUCAUCAUUCUUCUGCUCCGUCUAGUAGCACUCGAGUUCCGAAUCCUUAUUUUGAUACCAAACAACACUUUGAAACUAAUUCUAUGGAUGCAGCAAGGGUUACACAAUUGAUCAGUGGUGUUAGCAAUGCAAUGGAAGAAAAAUCUAACUUGAUGGUAACACAAGGACUAUGCCAUUGUGAAGAAUUAUUGGAUCUUAAUGGUAGUACAAAAUUUGAUUUAAGGGAAAAGGAGAAGUAG